AUGUGCAUCGGAGUCAACAGCGAAGUCUGCCCCGACUGCGGCAACAACGGCAAAGGCCACGACCCCUACCUCCAAGGCGGUACAAAAUGGAUCCGAUGUCCAGCCUUCAUUAAAUCAAUGACAGGAAAGGAACCCUCAGGGCCCAAAUGCGAAUCCAUCACGCGCGAUCAGAUUGGAAAGAAAGGGGACUGUGCAGUCUGCACAUCACGGAAGACAUUUGAAGAGAGGAAGGCAGAAGGGAAAAUGACGCCGAACGAACAGAGACUGGAAAGAAUGAGGCUGGCGAAGGAGAGAUUUGACAAGGAUGUGAAGACCAAGAGGAAGGAGCUGUGGGGAGAUCAAUAG